AUGGCGAGCCGGCGAAUGUCAAUGUACUCGGUGACCUCAGAGGGCAUGGGCGGCCCCCGAGGCGCUGGGCAACAGUCUGCCUCGGUCUCGACGACAACACUUCUCAACGCCGUUCAUAACAUCUAUCUCGCGUCUCAGCCUUACCGCUUGGAUGCAGGGACCAGUCUGGUUGUCAACACAUGGCUCACAGCUACGCAGGCGGGGCCUAACGGAGAAGUUGGAGGUACCGUCGACCCUGCCCUCGCAGCGCGAGCAUGGGAACACGCUCGACGCCGCGCCGAGGACGGAUGUAUCAUUCUUGGAUCUCUUCACCAGUCUACCCCGUCGGUCCUCAAGUCUUUUCUCCGCUCGUUCCCUGUCUCUCUCCCUUCGUCACUGUUGAAAGCCCUCGAGGCCCUGGACCCAUUCCUUCACUGUGUUACUCCGUUCAACCCUUCCGCUCCACGUCAUGCCGCUUUGGGCGUAACCUUGACGAUGAACCUGGCUGGCAACGUCACCGCUGCCAGCAUAGCCUUGUCGCAAGCUGGAAUCGACACUUCAGCCGGACUGCUCAGCAUUCCAGCUGAGGCAGGGUACCGAGCCUUCGAUGUCUUCUACCACCUUCUAUCCAGCGCCUCGACCCCAGCUGAAAGAGAAUUCUUGGGCCUCAAGAGCGCUUCCAGUUAUUCUCUUUUGGCUCGCUCUGGUACUUAUGAUCCACCUUCAUACCUGCCAACCGCAGAUGACGGGGCCUCUGCGGAUGAUCUCCGUGCCGCGUUGAAAGAUAUUGGAAUCAAGGGCUCUUCACAUCGCGAUUUUAUUUCUACGCUGGCUGCGCUACUCAAGCUUGGCGACACCCUCGACUACACUGUUGAUGAAGAGGUCCUGGAGGAAGUUUGUGAAGAUGUGGGCGGACUUCUGGGUGUUGAUCCCGAAGUUUUGGCCCGGCAAUGCACCACGGAAGACCGAAAGACUCUUGUUGGCGGUCUUUACGAGGCUCUCGUCGACUGGAUCAUUUCCAGGGCCAACCAGGCUAUCCAGGCGCAAAUGACGCGCAUUCGGGAUGGCGAUGAGUCCAGCGAUGGCGGCCAAGGAGCCAGGACUCCGAAUAGCGCAGAGGAUAAUGGUGACACUGUCUGCCUUACCAUCCUUGAGGUGCCAGAUCUUGCUUUGGCAAAAGCCCUCGCAAUGCGGGGGGUUUUCGACGACUCCCAAGGCAUCAACGCCGAGAUGAAGCAGGACGGUGUGGAGGUUGCUUCGGCCGGUCAAUCAGUUCUUCGUGAGACCCAGAAUGCCGUUGUUGAAGCAGGACCUUUGAUGGGCGACAUGUCGGGCCCCAAAGGCAGAGAGAGACAACACCAAUUGGAGAAGAGAGAGGAGGUUCUUGAAAAGGUCGGAAUCGUCGCCGAUGAUGACUGCUUUCUCAAGAAGUUGCUAUUCCCUGUCUCCGGAGAGGGCAUUCAACUUGGUCAGGCUGGUCGGUUGGAUAUUCAAGGUGUCUUGGGCAGCAGUCGUGCCUGGUAUCAUCUCUCAAUCCACCCUACAGACGACUCCCCGGCCAGUCUUGCUGCCUUGCCUUCCGUCAACUCGGCUUGGUCUGCCGGUACUGUCUCUAGACAGCUCCGUGCCUGGAGGCUGCCUGAGUGGGCCAACAGGCGCAACAAAAACCUUGAUUUCACCGCCGAUUUUGACGUGGAUGAGUUUGUCCAGCGAUACUCGAUCCUGGGAUGCAGAGAAGGUCGUGACGGCAUCGAGACCUGGAUUUUGGAGCGAGGCUGGAGCAACGGCGAAGUGGUCAUUGGCCAUGAACGUGUCUGGAUGCGCGAGGCUGCUUGGUGGGAGGCUGAGAACAUGCUCGACAUGAAGCCGAUGGGAGACAUGCCCAUGGGCGCCAGCAACCUGAUGGCUCCGCCUGGUGCUAUGGCCAUGGAUACGGGCUACUCAAACAAUGGAAGCGGCUACUUCCCUCCACUUCAUGACACCGCUUCCAACGGCAGCCGAGACCAAUUGCUGCACCAAAGAAACCAAAGCCAAGCCACCCUCGCUGUGGGCAUGGGCCACAACCCUGGAGCGGCCCCUUCCGUAGCUCCCUCGGGCUUGCGUAACGUUAGCAAGGGAGAUUAUGGUCUAGGAAGCAAGGGCGACAACCAUCGCGAUGAGAUUUUGUUCAAUAAUGAAGGCGAAUUUGUGGGCGCGCUAGACCCUGAACUUGCCAACAACAAAAAGAUUGAAGAACAACAGACAUCGAAAUCGCGUAGGAUGUGGGUGGCUCUCGUGUGGGCCAUCACCUUUUGGAUUCCGUCACCUCUGCUUCGCUACGUGGGCCGUAUGAAGCGGCCCGAUGUGCGCAUGGCCUGGCGUGAGAAGUUCGCCCUGUGCUUCAUUAUUCUGCUGCUCAAUGCCGCCAUCGUCUUCUGGAUCAUCUUCCUCGGCCGUUUGCUUUGCCCGAAUUUCGACAAGGUAUGGACUCGCGAUGAGGUCAGCCGCCACCAGGGCGACACUGAUUUCUGGGUCAGCAACCGCGGUAAAGUUUACGAUAUCUCAAAGUUUUGGAAGAUUCCCCACGGUGUCACGGGUCAAGAGACAACUUCGGACCUCAUGCAACCAUUUGCCGGUGCUAGCAUGGACGCAUAUAUUCCUCCUCCCUUGUUUAAGGCCUGUCCAGGUCUGGGAAUCAAUGACCGUCUGGCUCUUGAUGUCAACGCCACCGAUACUGAGCAUUCCGAGGGAAUGCACAUCUCAGGUCCCCAGCAGCCCAACACGCGGUCCAAGUUGGUCAAUGACAACUGGUACCAGGAUACCUUCCUGCCACGGAUGAAAGAGUAUUACAAGGGAGAGCUCGUUUGGGACGCUGCAAAAAUCAACACAGAGGGUCAGAAUCAGGAUCGCAAGUGGGCGAUUUACAACAACAAGGUCUAUGAUCUCAGGGACUACUUCGCGACUUUGAAAACCAAGAACAAUCUUGAUCAGUACAAAUUUCUCGACCAGACCCUGACCCAAGUCGUCGAAAGGAAUCCCGGUACAGACGUCACCGAUACCUGGAAUGGGCUUCUCAGCAACGCCCAGCGCAACAACCUGACGACAUAUACCACCCUCCGCAACAACCUCAACUGCAUGGACAACUACUUUUAUGUCGGCACCGUGGAUUUCCGGUAUUCCGCUCGUUGCCAGACCAACAACUACUUCCUGCUGGCCUUCGCCAUCAUCAUGUGUGCGGUCAUCCUGCUCAAGUUCGUGUCAGCUCUGCAGUUCGGCUCCAAGCGUCGCCCUUCACCUCAAGACAAGUUUGUUAUCUGCCAAGUGCCUGCCUAUACUGAAGGCGAGGACUCGCUGAGGAAGGCGCUCGAUUCGCUCACGGCUCUCCAGUAUGACAACAAACGGAAGCUGAUCUGCGUCAUCUGUGACGGUGUUCUGACCGGUGAGGGCAACGAUCGCCCGACGCCCAAGAUUGUUCUCGACAUUUUGGGAGUUGACCCCAAGGUCGAUCCACCUGCAUUGCCCUUCAAGUCAGUCGGUGCUGGCAGCGAGCAGCUGAACUACGGAAAGGUUUACUCUGGUCUCUACGAGUUUGAGGGCAACGUGGUCCCCUACGUCGUCGUCGUCAAAGUUGGCAAGGAGUCGGAACAGAGCAAAGCCAAGCCUGGUAACCGAGGCAAGCGUGACUCCCAAAUUCUGCUCAUGAGCUUCCUCAAUCGCGUUCACCACCGUGCCCCGAUGAACCCGCUCGAGCUCGAAAUGUUCCACCAGAUCAACAACAUCAUCGGCGUUGACCCCGAGCUUUACGAAUACCUCCUCAUGAUUGACGCUGAUACUUGCGUUCGUGAGGAUGCCCUGACCCGACUUGUGGCUUCGUGCGCAUCCGACGCAAAGAUUGCCGGCAUUUGCGGUGAGACCAGCUUGCAAAAUGAGGAACGUUCAUGGUGGACAAUGAUCCAGGUCUACGAAUACUUUAUUUCCCACCACCUGGCCAAGGCUUUCGAGUCUCUGUUUGGCAGUGUUACCUGUUUGCCUGGAUGUUUCACAAUGUAUCGCCUGCGUACUGCCGACAAGGGCAAGCCUUUGAUCAUUUCGGACAACGUCAUCAGGGACUACAGCGAUUGCUAUGUCGACACUCUGCACAAGAAGAACCUGCUAUCGCUCGGAGAAGAUCGUUAUCUCACCACCCUGAUGACCAAGCAUUUCCCCUACAUGUCGUUCAAGUUCAACCCCAACGCAUUCUGUCAGACUGCGGCGCCGGAGAAGUGGAGCGUUUUGCUUUCACAACGUCGACGAUGGAUCAACUCGACCAUCCACAACCUGGUUGAACUGAUGACCCUCAAGGAGAUGUGCGGUUUCUGCUGCUUCAGCAUGCGAUUCGUUGUGUUUGUCGAUUUGUUUGGAACCAUCAUCCUCCCGGCCACCUGCGUUUACCUCGGAUAUCUGAUCUACACUGUCGCCUCCGGAAAUGGGCCGUUCCCGCUCAUUACGCUUAUCAUGUUGGCUGCCGUUUACGGUCUCCAGGCGUUGAUUUUCAUUCUCAAGCGUCAAUGGCAGCAUAUCGGAUGGAUGAUCAUUUACCUCAUCGCCUUCCCGAUCUACUCAUUCAUCCUCCCGAUCUACUCUUUUUGGAACCAGGACAACUUCUCGUGGGGUAACACCCGUAUUGUGGUGGGUGAGUCUGGCAAAAAGACCAUCGUGGCCGUCGACGACGAAGGCUUCGACCCUCGGUCCAUUCCUCUCCAGCGCUGGGACGACUACGCUCUUGCAAACAACCUUCCUGGCCGUCGUGGUGGUAGUGGUCCGACCGAGAAGAUGGAUCACGUCUUUGCCGACGCUUACGAGAUGGACGACAUGCGCUCAGUGUACUCGGCGGCCCAUCCGGGUAGCGUCCUCACCGGCAUGAACCGCAGCACGGCCUACAUCUCGCCCAACAGCCCUGCGCCCUACCAGCACAUGUCGCGCUCGCCUACCUAUGCGGGGCCCACACCCUACUCUGACAACCCGGCCGCACGACAGUCUGUGGUGAGCAUGUCACCUUACCAGGACGCAAACCCGCAAAAUCACGGACGCAUGAUGAGCAUGAGCAACCUGCGCAACGUGGCCAAUGCCUCACCUGUGCCGACACGGGCGGGUACGGCGAUGGGUUUUGCUGGCGGGUCACGGCCGCCCCUGGGCCAGUCUGAGGCAGCUAGGCAGAGCACCAUGAGCUUUGAUUUCCAGCGCAACGCCGCUGGCCCCGACGACAUGCAGAUCGUGGAUGCCAUUCGGGGCGUGUUGAUGGAGGUCGACCUGGACACGGUGACCAAGAAGCAGGUGCGCGCUCUUGUGGAGCAAAGGUUGCAGACGGAACUGGUCGGCGAGAGGAGGACAUUCCUGGACCGCCAGAUCGACAAUGAGCUUGCGAAUAUGGAGACGCGGGCAAUCAUGUGCAAGCCCUUGUCGUCAGACGAGCUGAGGGCCGCAGCGGCGGGCGGAGGCUAUGUGUACGUAUUCAGCCUGCCGCACAGCGAAGCCGUGAGUCCGCCGACGGGCCACGUCAAGAUCGGGAUGACGACGCGGUCGGUCCCCGAGCGGAUGCAGAGGAUCGCGAGCGCGUGCCGGUACGAGCCCUCGGCGGUCUGGAGCUCGUUCACGCGGUAUCCGCUGCGCGUGGAGCGGCUCUGUCACGCGCAGCUCCGAGGCCGGCGCCGCAGGGAGUCGCCCGGUUGCCCCGGCUGCGGUCGGGCUCACCGGGAGUGGUUCGAGGUCAGCCCGCCAGAGGCCGAGCGGGUGGUGGGCUUGUGGACCGAGUGGAUCGAACACGCUGAGCCGUACCACGAGCACACGGGCGAGCUCAAGUCCGAGUGGAGUGAGCGCCUGGGCGAGGUACAGAUUCACGAUGAACCUGGCCGCUGCUGGGGCAUCUUUUGUGGUGAUGUGGCAGUGACGAUGGGGGCGAGUGGCAAAAUAUGA